UUUUGUUUAAAUUAAGUGUUAAUUGUUAAUUUAAGUUAUUUUUUAUUUAAAUAUGUGUGAGGACAUAAAGUUGUUUCCGAGUGUUUCAAAAAUCAAAGAAGAACUUAUUGAGUAUACAGUAGAAGAAAUUGAUACAAAUGGUGAUGAUGAUAUUAAAAAAGAUGAAAUUGAGGAAGAAUUAUGUCCAGAGACUUCUUUGAAUAGAUUUUUAAAAUCAGAAGUAACGAUAGAAGAAGAUAUUAAGCACGAUCCCCCUUAUGAACUGGAAUGUGGGCGAAAACUUCUACAGAACGAUCUCGAGAACUCAGGGCACGACGGGCUCUCCUGAAAAAACAGCAGAGGGAGGGACAUCCAGCAGAGGUUCCAGCAAAAUCAAUAAAACAAAAAUCAGUAAAACAGGAAUCAGUAAAACAGAAAUCAGUAAAACAGAAAUCACUAGAACAGGAAUCAGUAGAACAGGAAUCAGUAAAACAGGAAUCAGUUAUCCAGGAAUCAGUUAUCCAAGAAUCAGUUAUCCAGGAAUCAGUUAUUCAGGAGUCAGUAAUUCAGGACUUUGUUAUUCAGGAGUUAGAUGUUCCAGAGUCAGAAUCUUCCGAGUUAGCGAUUAUGGGAAAAAAGGCAAAGUCUGCACAGGCAACACGGAGAGAGAAAAGAACAGCCUUAAAUGGGGUCCCGAGGAAGAAGGAUAAAAGUGCUGCGGAACGUAUGCGGCGUUACAGGCUGAGGAAGAAAGCGAAAAUGGUGUUCGAGCAUUUGCAUAGAAGCCGCUUUGCCAAUUGAAGGACGAGAAAGGAAUUUUAGGAUUAUAUUUGAGUAUACUAUCAAAUUCAGACAGAUGGAGAG